CCGCCAUUUCUGUCUGCAGUUGUCCUCAGCGCGGCCUACUCGCGCCAUGCACUCACAAAUUACAUAAUACAUAAAAAAAAACAAUCCCACCAUUUCUCUAUGACUCUGUGAAGUGACCAUCGAUUAGUGUGUGUUUUUUUGUGCGCGCGGACCAUGGAACUUUUUUAAUCGCAUACGCGCAAUGAAACGCAGACGCACCUAGCAUGCUGUGCCCCACGCGGCUGCUCUGGCAGCUGCCCCUCCUCACCACAACCCUCGCCUUCGUACUCGACAAGCAGAACCCCUACUCGCAGUUCCGCAAGUGGAACGCGGCGCUCAACGGCACACUCGAACUUGAGUUCAAAACCGACCAGCCAAACGGUCUGAUCUUGUACACCGACGAUGGUGGCACUUAUGACUUCUUUGAGCUGAAGCUGGUGAAUGGGGCGGUGAGGCUGAGGUACAAUUUGGGGGGCGGCGCGCAGAUUAUCACGGUGGGGAGUAAUCUGAAUAAUGGACAGUGGCAUAAGCUGCAAGUGGCCCGCCGCGACGAGCACACAACACUGUCGGUGGACGGCGUGUCGCGCGGCGCCAUUUCCCGCGGCAAGGAGUUCGCGUUCGGCAAGUUCGGGACCAACUCCGACGUGUUCGUGGGGGGGAUACCGCCUUCGUGA